AUGUCAGGAAUAAAUCCUUCCUCCGAUCAUGUUUCUUCAUUGGAGACUUCAUCAACAGAUAUGGUGGGCGGUCCAACGGCUGGAGACAAGUAUGAAGAUACAAGACAUUUAAAUUAUGGUCAAUCAAAAAGUUCAGAAUCAGAAGAUUUAAAAUCUAGCCCUCGUCCUGUGCCAAUUCGUCGUCAUUCUAUAUCAUCGGAUUCAAAACCUGUAACGUCAUCUCGAUAG